AGUGUUGCCUUCUUCCACUUCUCCACUAAUACCACGGCCUCCGUUUUCUACAAUACAUACCAUUCAACGGGCUUGAUAUCGACGGAAGUCUUUGAAGAAGGUUUGCAUCUUCUGGAAGAAGAUCGUGUAAAAAACCAGGCUCGAUUGGAUGAGUUGGAGAGCCAACUCCAACAGAUCAUGGAGGAACGCCGGAAUCUUGUCGAGGAAUUAGAAGAUUUCGAAAAAAAGAAAAGCCUCGCGGAACAACUAGUUUCGUGA